AUGAACGCCCUUUCUAGUGUGACCUUUAAAGGCGAACAAGUUCAGCGAGUGAUCGAAGUACCAGCUCAGCCUCAAGUAGAUCCUGAGAUUUACUACGUCAACUAUCAAGAAGGAGAAAAUCCAACCCUUCCCUUAGGAGUGGACCUUGAAACUGUUCUCGGUUCUGCUGCAGCUACUAGUGGCCAAGCCCUUGGGGGGCCCUUUGGAAAAGAAUCUGUUUCCACUAGCAUAAAGACAAUGAAAGUCGUUCCAUUGUGUCCAUACAUUGAAGGUAAUUCUGAAUCCAUAUACCUGAGAGAUGUACAGUUGUUCGAAUGCAAGGGAUUGUUGAUUACGCUAGCGGCCGCCGCUUUUGCAGCACCCCAAGGAUACGACUUAGGUGUGCCAUCAGGAGCAGGGUUGUCUUCUGAAACGGAAUUUUCAGUAGGUGCUAGCUCAACUGAAACCGGUCUCACUAGUGAGGAGAAUACCAUUAGUGCUUGCGGAGAUGGUGAAGUUCUACAUGUAGAUGGUACUUGCGUAGUCCCCGAAAUCACAAGAAAUGUUUACUUGUAUGACGUUCCUGAACAGGAGCAGGCUGUCGGCCCAACACCCAGUAUUCCUCCUCCGGCAGUAGAGCACAACAUCCUCUUCGUACGUCUUCCUGAGGAGGGACCAGCACCUGAGCCUAUCGUCCUUCCUUCACCCAAAAGAGUACAUCAUUUUUGUACUAAAAAAAAAAAAGAUGAACAAGUUCAGCAAGUGAUCAAAUACCAGCCACCACAGGCUGAUCCCGAGAUUUACUUCGUCAACACCAAGAGGAAAAACCCAACCCCUUUCCCCUUUGGAGUAGACCCUUUAACUGCACUUAGUUCUGCUGCAGCAGUGGCGGUCAAAAUCCUUGGAGGUCUUGAAGGUGAAGUAUUUUGACAUGAUGGUGUUUUCGAAAAAGGGAAUUGUGAAUCUUUUAAGUAG